GACCCUGUGGUCACUGUGUAGUGAGUGUGCGAUAAUCACAGGAGCCAACAAGUGGUGUCGCUCAAAAUAGCCUACUUGCGCAAUGUCUGAUAUUCCAACUUCACUGUAAGACCACACAAACCAAAGUGCAAGUCACAAACAGGGACAAACCAGAUAGCUGAGCAAAGCUGUGUGUGCACGUUGCGAGACUUGCAAGACUUACAUUUUAAACAAUGGCCUGUCAAGAAGUAGGUCCAGGGUAUAAAAGCCCCCUUGAUGCAAUGAGGAAUGCUCCGCGGGAAAAGAUUGUCUAUGUGCCUUGCAUUCGUAGAAACACCGCAACAACUGGACCCGAUUAUUUGGCCACUGUGGAUAUUGAUCCUCAUUCAAAGAAUUACUGCAAAGUUAUCCAUCGCCUGGACAUGCCCUACUUAGGAGAUGAGCUUCAUCACACUGGCUGGAAUGCCUGUUCAAGCUGCUAUGAUGAUCCCACGAAGAAACGAAAUCGCUUGGUUAUGCCUUCUUUGAUGAGCACUCGCAUUUACAUUGUUGACACUGACACUGAUCCUGUUCAACCCAAAAUUUACAAGAUUGUGGAACCUGAAGAGGUUUACCAAAAGACUGGUCUUGGCAAUCCCCACACUGCCCAUUGUUUGGCUAAUGGUCAAGUUAUGAUAAGCUGUUUGGGAGAUCCAAAAGGAAAUGCCAAAGGUGGCUUUGUCAUCUUGGAUGGAUGUUGUGAUUUUGCUGUACAGGGGAACUGGGAAAAGCCUGGAAACACCACUGAAUUUGGCUACGACUUCUGGUAUCAGCCCAAAUUUAAUGUUAUGAUCAGCAGCCAGUGGGGAACUCCUAAAGUACUGAUGAAUGGAUUUAAUCCAGAAGAUUAUGAGAAGGGUCAUUAUGGUCACAGUAUUAAUGUAUGGGAUUGGGAUAACCAUAUUCUCAAGCAGACUAUUGACCUGGGGAAGGUUGAAGGGGCCAUACCCUUGGAAGUGCGCUUCAUGCACAACCCAGACAGACCAGAGGGCUUCGUUGGAUGUGCCUUAAGCACUAAUGUGUUCCGUUUCUACAGGACUGAGAGGGUUCAAUGA